AUGGAAAUAUUUCUUAAACUACCAGAAGAAAUAUGGAUCUUAAUUAUCAAGUAUAUUAAUAAUAAAUCAAAAAUUGAAGAGUUAUUCUUAAUCCCGACUUUAAAAAGAUAUGCUAUACAAGCAAGGUAUUCUGAAUUUGAACUUGAUGGCUCAAUAAGUCGUUUAGAUGGAUCAAUAAAAGACUUACUAAAUCUAUAUGAAGUAUACAAUUUCACACCUUCAAGAAUCGUUCUUGAAGCAACCAAAUUGAGUGAAUUGUUAAAUGUACCUAUUGCUGAAUUGCAGAAUACAAGGAAUUUUGAAGUUAAAACUAAGAAUCCUUACGCUCACGCAGAAUUUGAAAUCAAGAUAACAGACGGAAUGAAUGUUGAUUUAAAACUGAUAUUUGAAAAAGUCAAUGUUGUUGGGAUUUGUUUAUCAGGAUCUAAUCCAUUUGAUAUCUUGAAAGUUGAUGUAAAUGAAAUUAAAAAUUAUUUGGAAAUCAUCAAAACUAAAAAGUUAGAGCUUAUGGAAACAAUUUGUGGCAGUGAUUUUGAGAUUAAUUUUCCUACAUCUUUGAGAAAAUUGGCAUUAAAUUUUAUACGGGAAGAUAGAGAGUUCAAUUUUGAUAUUAAUUUGAGUGAUUUACAUUGCCUUGAAUAUUUUGAAUGCGGUGACUUAAAUGGUGUAAAAUCCUUAGAUGCAUUUCAUUUGAGUAGGACAGUACGAUCUAUCAUACUUUAUGAAUGUCAAUUUGAAACUUUGGGAAACUUAAAAAGGUAUGAUAACUUAAGGUCCAUCGAGGUUUAUGAUUGUAAGAAUUUAUUCGGAAUGUUCAAGUGCACUUUCCCAAAAUCAUUGGAACGAUUGAUAUUAUGUCCUGAUUUUGAAGAAUCUGAUAUUGCUGAAUUAUAUACGUUUGUGAAAGCAGGAAUAAAUAAACAUUUUGAAAUUUCGGAAUUCUCAAAUGACGGGAAAUAUUUACAGGUAGGGUCCAACUUCAAACUUCUUUCAAACCCAAAAGUUUUAGUAAUUUAUAGCCGUGAUUACGUGGGUUUAAUGUUUGGGUAUAAUUCAGGCUUAGCUGCACUCAAUAGUUUGGAGCUUUGGGGCAUUAAAAUUACAUUAAACGAGGUUUUUAUUUCUUUACCAAGGAUUAUGAUGAAACUAAGAAUUAUUUGUUGUGUUGUUACAAAUGUUGAUAGGGAGUUAAAAUAUCCUAAAGUAAGACAAUUCGAUUUUUUAUACAAUCAAGUAUCCAAUAUUUUUCAAAUUGAUUUGAAAGGAAUGGUAAAUUUAAAUCAUUUAGAGAUCAGAAACAAUUCUUUGGUAGUACCGGGCUCUGAAGAGAUAAAACUUGAUCCUUGUCAAUUCCUCACUGGUGAAUAUGAUAUGCUUGAUGAAACUAGCGAAUUUUUGAAUAAGAAAAGAAAAGUAAGUAAAACAUUUGAAACAUGUCAAAUUGAUCUAUCUGGUAUCACAUAUAUGAGUUUAAGUAGAUCUGAAUUCAAUAACUCAGAAGGCACAGUCAUCAAUACUUCAAACGGCAUUAUCCAACUUCCUUCACAAAUUUGUAUUAAAGGCUGUACAAUCUUGAAGACUUUGCACUUGUUUGACUUGGGAAUUAAAAUAUUGGAUUUACACAGAUUUCCUCCUUCCUUGAGUGAUUUACAAAUGACAAAUUUAGAGAUAAUUCAAAUAAAAGGUGAGUUCAGCUUGUUAAAUCAAUUAACAAAGUUAUGGUUGGUCAACAUUGGAAUCACUUCUUCAAUGUUGGUCCAGCAAAGGUUUCCAUCAACGUUGAAAGAUUUGGAUUUAUCUAAAAAUCAAAUUGAGGAUUUGACUUGCUUACAUAUAGAUAAUUGUAAAGAAUUGCAUCAUUUAAUUUUGAAUCAAGUAACUGGACUGCUAAAUCCAAAAGGUGCUGAUGAAUUGAAGAAAAUGUUUGUUGAGUUAGUUGGUAUUUCCCGUCCAUCUUUAGGAGAAGUAACAACGUAUGAUUUAAAAGUUGUGUUUCGGAUAGUUGAUGGGAUUGCUGAAGAGUAA